AUGCCGAUGGCAGGCGAUGUCAAUUCGACAGUGCCAGCCCCAGACGUUGCUGCUCCUGCCAUCUUGACCUUGACACGGCGUCCAAAGUGCAGGACGACGCGGCUGGGCGCGGCGGGUCGCGCGUCCGCCCGCAACUCUGUUCCGCAAGCGUCGCUUUGCAUGCUUGUGCGCAGGCCCCAAGUGCAAUUCCGAAGCCGCACAGGCGCUGCAGGCGCUGGCUGCCACAGCCUCUGGCAGGCCUUUGGCUGGCUGGCCGCCCCGUGCCCUUCUCGGCUCGGCUCGCCUGCCUCAGGCCGAGAUCAGCUGGUUGGGGCCACCACCCGCUCGAGCUCGCCGCCUCUGCGACCCGCCACCAUCUCAUCGUCAUCCGCCUCGGUCCACCACACGCACUCUGGCUCGCAUCGUCGCACCCGCUUUUCCAUCCGCUCAUCCAUCUCAUCCUCCCCCCUUCGUCGCAGCUGCACGUUGCAGUAUCAGCUUUCCCAUAUACCCAAGCUGAUCGCCACAAUCAAGUCCAUCUUCGAUACCUUUGCCACCCUCGCCAACCCUAACCCAACGUCGCCGUCGAAAAAGCCCCGCACUUUCGAAGCUUUUCCACUUUUGCCACCUGUGCCGCGCCGUCUCAUCAACAGCUUCGCGCGCCCCUCGCUAACCGCCCAGCAUCCGCAGCACCAGUGGAUCUUCGGCGUUCCCGACGAGCUGACUGUACUCGAAUCCUUGGUCGCCUCAGCUGCAGCAUACGCGCGCGUUUCGACCCUCUAG